AUGGCAGACUCGCCUGGCCCAAUAAAGCUCUUGAAGACGGCCUUCGUUGAUUACCACCAUGCCAACCUGCCAAAAGUAAAAGACUUCCUCCGCGACUUCGGACUGGACGUUGCGCACGAAAACCCAGACGGCACAACCUUCUUCAAGGGCUACGGAACGGAACCAUUCAUCUACAUUGCCCGGCCAUCACCCAACGGCUCAUCCUCCUUCGGUGGUGCGGCAUACGUGGUUGAAGGCGAAUCGGAACUAGAACGCGCAGCACAGCUCAAAGACGCAGAAGGACCUAUCCGAAACCUCGAAGGCCCAGCCGGCGGUCGUGCAGUAACUCUUCGAGAUCCCGCAGGCCAUGCCGUGCACCUUAUCCACGGCUGGCAAGAAACCACCGCCUCGCCACCACACCUCCAAAAACUCAUCAUCAACUUCGAAGACGACAAACCCCGAAAAGGAAAAUUCCAGCGCUUCGAACCAGGUCCCGCGCCCGUGUUUCGAUGGGGCCACUACGGCGUGACGUACCCCGAGGGCUUGUACGAGCAGAUGUACUCAUGGUAUACCACCGUAAUCUCCCUGGCACCAUCCGAUAUUGUCUACCGCGGUGAAAAAUCCGUGACGUGUUUCUUCCAUUAUACCGACCACCACGCUUUCUUCUUCAAGAUGGUGAAGCCGGGGGAUCGGCCGUCGGUGGCGCAUGCGGCGUUUGAGGUGCAUGAUUUUGAUGUGCAGCAGCUGGGGCAUCAGCAUUUGACGAGGAAGGGGUAUGAGUUGUGUUGGGGCGUGGGGAGACAUGUGCUUGGGAGUCAGGUGUCCGAUUACUGGUUCGACCCUAACGAAUUCAUCCUCGAACAUUACGCCGAUGGAGACUUGGUGAAUCGAGACACGCCUAUUGCAAAAGUGCAAGCGGGGCCAGAAGCGCUCUCGGUUUGGGGUCCUCCGGUGCCAGAGGUAUUCUAG